AUGGAGGGAACGCCGAGGCAACAUCGGCACUAUGGUGAAACGUCAGAUGCCCCUCAUGAGAGCCAGAAAAAUUACCGCCACUGCCCUCGAGAUGAGGUUCGCCUCUCAUACAAUGAGUACACCAUCGCUUGGAUUUGUGCGCUGCCUAUUGAGAUGUCUGCAGCCAUCACCAUGCUGGACCAAACCCAUAAGGACCUCCCAGGCCUGGACAAUGACAUCAAUACGUACAAACUCGGGAGCAUCGAGAAUAAACACAACAUCGUCAUCGCGUGCCUGCCCAAAAAUCACUACGGGACAAAUAACGCAUCAAAUGUGCUGACAAAUUUGGUCCGCACGUUUCCAUCAAUUCGGCUGGGUCUAAUGGUUGGGAUUGGGGGUGCAGCGCCUGGAGCGGUCGACAUAAGACUGGGCGAUGUUGUUGUCGGCACAUUCGUCACGCAGUAUGAUUUCGGAAAGACGAUAGGCGAGGGCGAAAUGUACUCUACUGCCACACCUAGGAUUCCUGACCAACUACUCAACACAGCGGUGUCAUCGCUCGAAGCCAAACAUGAAGGAGGAGUCAAGGAAUUCCCGCGCAUCCUAAAGGAGAGAUUUCAAAGAUUAGUCGAGUACGAUCGCACUACAUUGAUCGACAAUCUCUUUAUUACCUCCUAUGAUCAUGUCGACCCCCAGGCAAUUAACUGUGAUCAGUGUGACUCCUCCAAAGUUGUGGAACGCGAUCCACGAAGCACCAAGGACCCGGUCAUACAUCACGGUGGUAUCGCUUCAGGUAACCAGGUUAUGCGAAGUUCGAAGCAACGCGAUAGACUUGCGCAGCAACUGAACAUUGUUUGUUUUGAGAUGGAAGCUGCCGGUCUGAUGAAUAUCCUCCCAUGUCUUCCUAUUCGAGGAAUCUGUGACUACUCAGACUCCCACAAGAACAAGGAAUGGCAGAGAUAUGCUGCUGCCACGGCAGCUGCAUACGCAAGAGAGCUGCUUACUGUUCUCGCUUCACAACCUGCUACCAGGCUAUCCAGUGCACGCCAUAUCCCCUAUGGCAUUCCUUUCAGUCUCCAAGAUAUGCCUGUUUCAGAUCAUUUCAUCGACAGACCUGCAGAUAGGGCCGCCCUCGAAGAUUGCUUGUUACCAAAGCAAGGUGCAAACGCGAGACGGAAACUAUUCAUUCUUCAUGGACUAGGUGGCAUUGGCAAAACGCAACUAGCCGUCGACUUCGCUCGUCGCCAUAAGACUGCCUUCAGCGCCAUAUUCUGGUUAGAUGGUCGAUCAGAGGACCAACUUAGACAUAGCCUUGCAAACUGCGCCACUAGAAUCCCUGAAUUGAAUGCAUCAAAUCAGGGUUCCAAGGAUGAGUUGGACGCUGCGGUUAUGGCCAUGAUGACUUGGGUCUCUCGACCGGACAAUACGCGCUGGCUGCUCAUUUUUGACAAUGUUGACCAAGAGCACCAACGAGGUGGUGCAUAUGGGUCUUACGAUCUUAGAAAAUAUCUCCCAGCUGAUCAAGGCUCUAUAUUGGUGACAACGAGACUAUCCCGUCUUCAGCAGCUGGGCGAUUCGAAGGAGUUGACCAACGUCGACCACAGUCUUAGUUUGGCUAUCAUGGAAGAGUGGUAUGGAGAUAAGCUGGAUCCCGAUUCAUCCUCUAAGGAAUUGCUCGAAUUGCUCGAACUGCUUGAAGGAUUGCCACUAGCGCUUGCACAGGCAGGAUCUUUCCUACGCGAGACAGGUAUCGAUAUUCCAACAUAUCUCCAAAACUACCAUCUACAAUGGGACAGACUUAUGUCAUCUGAGGAUAGUCCCUUGGUAGACUACGAGCAUGGAAGUGUUGCCACUACGUGGGCGGUUUCCCUUAAUGCAGUCAAGGCUGAGAACGAAGAUUCAGUCAAUAUAUUGCGUCUCUGGGCGUUUAUUAACAACAAAGACCUGUGGUUUGGACUGUUUGAAGUAGUUACAAACCGUUUAUACACAGAUCUGUGGCCCGCGUGGCUUUCCAACAUAGCACGCGACACCCUCCGGUUCGCGAAAGCCAUGGGCCUCCUCCUUCGCUACUCGAUGAUCCAAGCUCGUGUGGAGCCUAGAGGAAGCUACUCUAUACACCCAGUAGUUCAUCGAUGGGUGCUGAAUUUGGAAACAGAUGCUCAGCAAAGGAGGGAGUUUGCAAGCCUAGCGCUGUGUCUAGUUGGCCAUUCAGUCCCUCAUGAGACCUCGACGGCAUAUUGGACGGUGAACCAAAGGCUACUCCCACACGCCGACUCUUGCUCUUUCUGGAUUUGUCAGCCUGAAUUUAAGCAGGAACAGAAUCCUUUUGAGAGUCUCGCAAUAGGCAGUUUGGGUCUACUCUACGACGAUCUGGACAAGAGUAGUCAGGCUGAAGAAAUGCAUGUUCAAGCAAUGUGGAGUUUAGAAAAGACAUUUGGACGGGAACAUGAAACAACACUAGCGAUUAUGAAUAAUCUCGCCAUCAGCUAUGCAAAACUUGGAAAGAACGAUGAAGCUCAAGAAAUCUUCGAUCGAGUACUGCAAGGCAAAGAAAAAGUGUAUGGGCAUGACCAUCCGUCGACUCUACAUACAAUUAGCAACUUAGCCAGUUUAUAUACAGGCCAGGGCAAGCUUUCAGAAGCAAAAAAACUAUGUAUUCGAGCAUUGAAUGGCAUGGAGAGGACGCUUGAGCAGGACGAUAUUCCAGGUCAUCUCCCGCGCGAUAUCUCGAUACUGGAAACUACCUUCACGUUGGGACACAUCUACAAAAAGGAAUUGCAACUGGCCAAGGCCGAGGAAUUAUUCAAUAUGGCAUGCAUGGGGUACCAGAGGGAACGGGGGAGCGAUCAUCCGAGGACGCUUGAUGCAUUUUUUCAUCUUGGGCAAGUUCUGUUCUUGCAGGGCAAACUGACCCAAGCAAAAGAGAUGAUAGUGAAAUCAGUGGAAGGAUAUAAAAAAACACUGGGUCCUGCGAAUAAGCAAACUUUAAAGCGCAUUUCUUUUUUAGAGGUGUUGUUUGCAUCAAGGUAA